AUGGACACAACCCCGUACGUGUUCCCCCGCCCGCUUGUCGUCCCACCGCACCCUCACUCUCACCCCCACCCACCAACGACAUCCCUGGCACCCGCCCCAUCGCCUCCGCACUGGGAGUACCACGCAACCCACCUCCCAGACAUGCCACCUACGGCUCGCACCACAGCCUCCUUCUACACCAUGCCCUCAACAGUUCCAAGAGCCCUCCCUCAUGGGUUUACAUACCCACACCCACACCCACAUCCCUCUCCAAAGGUGUCCGUGACGCUCCCGCGCGCCCCAGCACCCGUGGCCCUCGCACCAUCCGUCAUCUGGGACGGGGCCAUGUCUCCCCUCGAACUCUCUCCAGCCAAAGCCGGUCCUCGCGGACUCCCCACGACGCCGGCCACCACUUUUGGCAUUGGGACAACUGCCAUGUCGUCCUCUCCAUCGCUGGGCUCGUCAUGGGAUGUACACAUGCAGUCUACUGUCACCACUCAGCCAAAGCACGCGAGGGACCGCAAGGCGCGGGCGCAAGCUGGGCGUCCUCCACACCGGCCCCCUCCGCUCCAACUUCAAGCUCCUCAGCAUGGUCAGCAAGAGACAUGCUGCCAACACCCAUUUCCUCACACGCCGGGGCUGAACACGUCGCAAACAGAGCAUCAAACACCGACUUCUUCCCUCCAGUCCUCGUCCAGCGCGUCUUCCAUGUCACCACCCGCCACAAUCCCCGUGCACACCUUUGCGAGGCGCAACACCCUCCCGGACCUGCGUGAUAUGCCGCGCACGGCCGCCGAGCAACGAGUGAUGGGUGCCAUUGCCAGUGUCGGCUCCCCAGUCCACACCCACCACAGUAUUGGAGUGCGCGCUCCAGUGCCGCCGCUGCCACGCCCACACCCAAAGUCAAUCCCACCUCACUCGACGACGAGUGACUGCUAUACGGCUCACCACACCCACCACGCUGCCCAAAUGUCACCCAGGAUGUCUUACCACAUUGCUGCUGCUGUCCCGCCUCAAGCCAACUUCUUGCCCCAGCUCUCUGUUCCCAACUCGGCACCGGCCAGCAGCGACAUUCUUCCUCCAAUGUCGCCACAUGCCCCUGCACCUGGCGCGCCGUCGCAAGCUCACCACGCACUGCCACCCCACCACAGCUGUCAGGCAUGCCGGCGUAACGGCGAGGAAUGCUCGGGCUCCGAGCCCUGUACAGCGUGUAUCCGCCGCCACAAGCGUUGUGUCUUCACUCACAUGAGGCGCGCAAGCUCGACGUCGGUGGGCGGAGCUGGUACAGUCUCAGCUGGCACGAGCCCGCGGCGUAUGAGCGACGCUGCCUCACACCCCCACGGAUCGCUUGGCGUCGGACUCGGACUCGCACCUGGGUCGUGUCCCCGUCCAGGCGCUCGUCGCGGUAGCGACGCGGGUGCCGGCAGCAGGCGCGACAGCGAGGCGAGCGCUGGCAGCGGCGUCGGCGCCAAGAGGCGCAAGAGGCUGUACGCCAUGGAGGGUGCACCGGCCGAACAGGUCCUCGGCCGCCGCCGUUCGGCGCCAUACACGACCCACCCGGACGGCGCGCGUCCUCACCCGCCACCUCUGCCCAUCCCCGCCGCGACGGUCCCACUCCCCCAGCAGCUUCCAGCCCACCAGCCCGCUUCGACGGACUUUACGUUCCCGGCGCUGCCUCCCCAGCCUGUCGACCAGCAACAGCACGAGAGGCGCCAGCAGCAUCAGUUACACUUGCAGCUUGAGUCACACGAGCCCGUCUGCCACCCUGCCCAGUCCGCCACAUCAGUUGCAGCGGCACCCACCCACCCAUAUACCCCGCAGACGGUGCAGACACCGACCUCGGCCCUGUUUGCGUGGUCUGUCGUCGAGUCGCCCAUCUCGCCCAGCCCAACCACGGCGAGUACGCACAGCCACAGCGGCGGCUCGGCGUGGCCGGGCCACAUGUCCACGGUCGACGCGCACUCGCCAUUCACCCCAGCGUACCACCACCUCGCACCACCCCCGCCGCCAGGCCUCCUCCGCGCCAUGAGUCUCGGCACGGCCGAACUCGCUGUCUCCAGCGCUCCGCACCCACCGCCGAUGCCACGUACGGUGUCCUGGCCCAUGCUGAAUGGCUCGUUGGGCCAAACAACGCCGUCGUUCGCCCAGCCACUUCCCUUGGGUCUCGCUCAGCAAAGUGGCAGCGCAAAGAGUGGCCGUGAGGACGUGUCGCCCGCUGCCCUGGUGACUUGGACCGAGCACUCCGGCGCCGGCGCCGGCGCCUUCGCCAUCGCCACUGACGAGAACUGUAACGCCAAUGGCAUGGCCAAACCCGCCGUCAACGCCGAAGCGCACCCCAACACCACCCCCGUCCCCGUCUCCGCCCCGGCCCCCGCCCCCGCCACGAGCUUCAACGUCGGCGAUAUCAACAUGGACGAGAUGGACGCGGACGAGAUCCUCGCCCUGUUCGCAAUGACGCUUGCCGAGGACGACCACCAGGGGUCUGUCGAUUUUGGCAGUGCGUCCGGCAGCACGGGCGUAGGCUCGGGCGUGGGUGUGGGCGUGGGCAUGGGCACGGGCACGGACACCAAUGGCAGUGGCAUGUCGCCUCCCGACGCGUGA